GACACGGGACCCAGAACCAGAUGGUCCGGAGGAGACGCGCCAGCCCCCGCCGCAGCUGCCGGAGCGGUGAAGCCCCGGCGCGCCGCAGGGACUGAUCCAGCCCGGCCGGGCAGCGCCGCGGGGCCGUGCCCGGGCCUGAGACCGCGGCAGGGUCUGGAGCCCCCCGCCCCGCCGGCGGCAGCCUGACCCUCUGCCGGGGGGGGCCCCCUGCGUCCUUUCCUCCUCCCCGCAUCCCCCUUUGCUUUCAUGCAACGCCUGGUGGCCUGGGACGCAGCAUGCCUCCCCAUCCAGCCGCCCGCCUUUAAAUCCAUGGAAGUGGCUAAUUUCUAUUACGAGGCGGACUGUCUGGCUGCUCUCAACAAGCUGCACCCGCGGGCGGCCGGGGGCCGCUCCAUGACCGAGCUCACCGUCGGGGACCACGAGCGAGCCAUCGACUUCAGCCCGUACCUGGAGCCCUUGGCGUCGCAGCCGCCGCCUCCCGCGGCAGCAGCAGGGGGCAACUUUGAGCCUCCGUGCAGCAGCGGCGCCGGCCAAGAUUUCCUUUCCGAUCUCUUCGCCGAGGACUAUAAAGGCAGCGGCGGCAGCAAGAAGCCCGACUACACCUACAUCAGCCUCGCCCGGCACAGCCACCCCUGCGCCAGCCAGAGCCACAAGCCGGGGGGGCUGCCGGGCUGCUUCCCGCCCCAGAUCGUGGAAACCAAAGUGGAGCCGGUCUUCGAGACCCUGGACUCUUGCAAAGGGCCCCGUAAGGAAGAAGGGGGCGCGGGGCCGGGACCGGGGGGCAUGUCCUCGCCCUACGGCAGCACCGUGCGCUCCUACCUGGGUUACCAGUCGGUGCCGAGCGGCAGCAGCGGGAACCUGUCCACCUCCUCCUCCUCCAGCCCCCCCGGCACCCCCAACCCCUCCGAGUCCUCCAAGUCCGCCGCCGCCGGCGGGGGCUACUCCGCCGCCCCGGCGGGCAAGAACAAGCCCAAGAAGUGCGUGGACAAGCACAGCGACGAGUACAAGCUCCGCCGGGAGAGGAACAACAUCGCGGUGCGCAAGAGCCGCGACAAAGCCAAAAUGCGCAACCUGGAGACGCAGCACAAAGUCUUGGAACUGACGGCCGAGAACGAGCGGCUGCAGAAGAAGGUGGAGCAGCUCUCCCGGGAGCUGAGCACCCUCAGGAACUUGUUCAAACAGCUGCCCGAGCCCCUGCUCGCCUCCUCGCCGCGCUGCUGACCGCCGGCCGGGGCGAGCGGAGCCGCGGGCCCCGCUCCGCGCUCCUGGGGCCGGGCCGGGGGCCGAGAGCCCGCGGCGGGCGGGCGGGUUUGGUUUUCAUUUGUGUUGCUGUUGUUGUUGGAUUUUUUUUUUUUUUUUUGUCUUUACCGACAUGUUGGCGGAAGGCUCCGCCGCCGCGCGGGGUCGGAGCGGGGCCGGGGCUGCAGCGGGGCGGGCGCGGAGGGACCCCGGCCCCGGCCCGGGCGGGCUCUGCUGGGCGCUGGGUUAUUUAAAAGAGCCAGAGGAGAGCAAGGGCAAAGUGAUGCAAUCCUUUAAGCAUGGCUGGGAAUGCUGUGUACAUGAUGCAAUCUCGUGUAACUGUCAGUCAUGGAUUGAGUAAUCUGUUAAAGAUGUUCCUACAGUUUUUUUAUUAUAAAGAAUAAUCUAUUUCUAUAAGAAAAUACAUAUGUAUAUUUUGGGAUCUAUGCAUUCUUGCUACAUUUGAAGCAUUA